AUGGCGGACCUCAAGCCCCCAUUCACUGAAGAGACUGCGAGAAAGAAGGUUAAAUUGGCGCAGAAUCUCUGGAACACUCAGGACCCUGCUCGUGUCGCGCAAGCAUACACGCCAGACUGCAUCUGGCGCAACCGCACCUCGUUUUUCUCCGGAACAGAGGGGAUCAUCAGCUUUCUCACGGCGAAAUGGAAUCGCGAACGCAACUAUAGGCUCCGGAAAGAGCUAUUCUCAUUCACUGAUGAUCGCAUUGCUGUUCAGUUCUGGUACGAGUUCCAGGACGCCGAAGAUGGCAUGCGGUGGAAGCGGUGCUACGGCCUGGAAGAUUGGACUUUCGACAGGGAAACGGGGAGGAUGCGUAAGCGUAUGAUGUGUGGCAAUGACAUGUUACUCGGCCCUGAUGGUAACGGUGAUGGACGGUGGUUUGUGGAAGGUGUGGACAUCGAGGACGUGGACAUUAGCGAGGAGCACUGGUGA